GCGAAAAUAUCAAAACAUAAACAGUUGAUCUGAUUUCAUUUUCUGUAGUAACAAUGGCCGGAAGAGGAAAGUCGAUUAAGUCCGCCGCGGUAGCCAAGAAGUCGACAUCUCGUAGCAGCAAGGCCGGACUCCAGUUUCCGGUUGGUCGUAUCGCUCGUUUCCUCAAAACAGGAAAGUACGCUGACCGGAUCGGUGGCGGUGCUCCUGUGUAUCUCGCCGCCGUCAUGGAGUACCUUGCGGCUGAGGUACUGGAAUUGGCCGGAAAUGCUGCCAGAGACAACAAGAAGACUCGAGUUGUGCCGCGUCACAUACAGUUAGCGGUGAGAAACGAUGAAGAAUUGAGUAGAUUGCUUGGAGCUGUUACGAUUGCAAAUGGCGGAGUGAUGCCCAACAUUCACGCUCAUUUGCUUCCUAAGAAGACUUCUGUUACAUCUUCUAAAGGUGAUGAAUAGGUUUAUGUUUCUUGUAGAACUGAAGAUGUGAUUACCAUAUUGGAUUUUUUUAAACUGAUUUCUCAGUUAGAGUUGUUAUCGGUUGUGAAUGAAUGAUUGAUUUGCGGAA